AUGGAAGAUCCUAUAGAGCAUGACGAGCAAAUAGAAGAAUUCAUCCCAGCUAAAAAAUCAGUUUUCAAGAAACUCCACAUCAACAUCCCACUCGUCGAUGUACUGUUCCAGACCCCUAGCUACGCAAAGUUCCUAAAUGACAAAUUAUCAAAUAAACGCAAGCUAGGGGAUCACGAGACAGUAAUGCUAAUAGAGGAAUGCAACGCCAUAAUUCAGAAAAAGCUCCCACCAAAAUUGAAAGAUCCGGGGAGUUUUACUGUUCCUUACACGAUUAGUGAAGUUUAUUUUGAUAGAGCUUUGUGUGAUCUUGGUACAAGUAUAAAUCUAAUGUCUUUAUCUGUUUUCAAAAAACUUGGCUUAGGAGAGGCUAAUGCAACUACUGUAACACUACAGCUGGUUGACACGUCAUUAACACAUCCCAGAGGAAUAAUUGAAGACAUGCUUGUCAAAGUGGAAAAAUUCAUAUUCCUUGUUAAUUUCCUAAUUUUGGACAUGGAAGGGGACAAAGACAUUCCAUUGAUACUAGGCAGACCAUUUUUUGAAACAGGAAGAGCCUUAAUCGACAUUCAGAACGGGCAAUUGAUUUUAAGACUAGAAGAAGAGCAGAUCUCGUUUAAUGUCUUCAAGGCAAUGAAACUACCUACAGAGACAGAUAGCUGUUUCCAGAUCGAUGCGAUUGACAAGCUACCGCCUCAUCCCAGAUAUGCAUACUUGGAGGAGUCGUGUAUACUUCCGGUAAUCAUCUCGAAAACAGUUAGCGAAGUGGAAGAGGAGAAAUUGCUUAGAGUACUCAGGGAGAAUAAGACAGCAAUUGGAUGGACCAUAGCAGAUAUCAAAGGGAUCAGCCCUUCACCGUGCAUGCAUAAGAUUCUCAUGGAAGAGAAUUUUCGGCCAACCAUAGAAAUUUAG